AUGCCUGCGCUGUGCCUGAGAACGAGUGGCGAUGGCGCGGCUGCAAACCAGGCGCCAUUCUUGACAUUUGAGCGCCCUCGAGGCGGUUGCGCCAGCAGCACCAGCGGUGGCAACAGCAGAGGCGGCGACGGCGACGGGAGCAUGGUGGUGAACCUGUGGGAGGAGGAGGACGCGAGUCUGCAUCUCGCGCACAUCUCCCGCCACUGCACCAACCUGCGCUCGCUCUCAUUGGGCCACGUGUCCCUCUCCGCGCCGACCCUUCUCUCCACCCUCAAGCCCAUGCCGGCCCUGCAGCACCUCUCUCUCUCGUGGCUUCAUGCAUCUCCUGCCGCGCUUCAAGCCGUGCUGGAAGCAACUCCGAACCUCCGCCAGCUCACAAUUUUCAUGGCGUCGGGUUUCCCUCACCUAGAACUGCGGCUUCCCUCGUCCCUGCAGCAUCUAUCACUCUCCUACAUUCGUGCGGACUCCGUAACGCUUUACUCCGCGUGCUCUCUCCAAUUUGUCUCUCACCGCGACAUGUUUCUCGGCGCACUAUCCAUCCGUGACGCGCCGAACCUGCGCCAACUCUCCGUUGCCUCUGCCAACAGCCUGCUCGUCUCCGCGCCUCACUCCAGCCGGCUCGAAUCGAUCGACCUCCGCGCGGGCUCGCUCAACUGGCCUGCCACCGAAACCCUGAUUUCGUCCAAUUCGGCUGCGCUCGAGUCUCUCUCCCUCGAUUUUUUUGCCACCAGCAGCUCGGGCCUGCCCUCGGUUUCAUUCUCUCAGCCUGUGGGCUACUGCUUUGCACUGACAGCAGCAGAGAGACAGCACCAGCUGUUUUUGAAGGGCCUGGACUGCCUCCAAAGGCGGUUUGGAUGUUUCUACGUAACCUCCCCGCUGCUUCAAAGGAGGAAGACCUACUGA